UUUAAGUUUCUUUUUGUUUAUAUACAAUCAACAAAAUUUUCAAGUUAUCCUUUUUCUCUCUUUCUGAUCAUCCUAUCUCAAAUCGUUGAAAAUGGCGUACUCUAUUAGAACUACAUCGAACUUCUUUCAAUGUGGUCUGGCAUACGCCUUUUUUUGGUGGGCCUUGUUUGCUCUCUAUUGUGUUGGCUAUCAAAUUAACAAGCUUCGUGUGUACAUGACAAGACAACAAAGAAUUGAUGGUAAAGAUAAGACUUUACGACCUGUAAUGCACUCCAAGUUCCUUUCUUCAUUCAACAUGGUUAUUCGUAUUCCUUUUGUCACUGAAAUGAUUGCUGUCAAACAUAUCCUUGGUAUGACUUUCUUUACUUUCAUCAACAUUAUCUUUAUGUUCUAUGCUCCCUUCGCAAUCAAUCCCGAAGUAGGCUACAAAGUUCCCGCUAUUGGACAAUUCGAUCGUCGUGCCGCUUUUGUUGCUAUGGUCAAUUGGGGUUUUGUAUUCUUCCUUGCCCAAAGAAACUCUCUUUUGCCUAAAAUGUCCGGUUUAACUGUCGAAGAACUCCUCCCUUACCAUCGCUGGAUUGCCCGUGUUGGCUUGGCCGAGUUCAUGCCCCACUUUGUGUGGCGUAUUAUCAAGGGCUAUCAAAGAAACAACAGUUCUUUUGAAUCUCUCUUCAGAAAUACUGAGCAAACUACUGGUACUAUUUCUAUGUUCGGUUUCCUCAUAAUGUUUGUCACAUCGUUUGAGUAUGUCCGUCGUAACCACUUUGAAGUUUUCUACUACAGUCAUAUUUUUGGUGUACUUGUUGCCAUCAUUUUUGCUUGCUGGCACGAGACCACUUGUUUUGCCUUCUUCAUUCCUGCGGUUAUCUUAUGGUUCGCCGAUCGUGUUAUCCGUUCUUACCAAUCCUGGUAUAUUAAGUCAAGCUAUGUCAAGGUAGAACAAGUAUUACCCUACUCUUCUGUUCAAGAAGGUAUUGUCAGAAUCUUGUUCGAAAAUAGCGGUCUUAAUAGAUUCAAGCCUGGUCAAUAUAUGUUUGUGUCAAUCGUUAAAGACGGGGGUCGUAAAAUUUGGGAAUACGCUAACUGGCAUCCUCUUACUGUCUCUGAAACAUUCCGCGUCAGUGGCAACCAAUCAGUAACCGACUCCGCCAUUGAAGAACGUGUUGUGGGUAACACUGACCAUCAUAUUGCUAAAGAAAAGAAGGCCUCCCCCAACGGAAGUGUUUCGGAUGUCGAUUCUGUUUCUGAUGUCUCUGAACUUCGUCGCCGUGCCAAUAACUUCUCUAAAGAUGAUUCUACAACUAUUGCUUCCGUUCACAUCAAGGCAUUGGGUGGUAAAACUCGCGAUUUACUCAAGGCUGCAGAAGCUAAUGAAAAACUUACUGUCAGAUUUGAUGGUCCAUAUGGCCCUCAUCUUGAAUAUCAAGAUUAUGAAGUCAUGGCUUUGUAUGGUGCCGGUAUUGGUGUCACUCCCGCUUUAGCUAUCGUCAAGGAUUGUCUGGAACGUAGAGCAGAUGGUGUCAAGACUGUAGCAGUUGAACAUAUCUAUCUUACUUGGGCCAUCCGUGCAUCAGAUGAAAUUAAUCCUUUCAUGGACAUGUUUUCUUACUGGUCCGAAAAAGCAAAGAAUGCUAUUCAACCUAUCAAGCUUCAUGUCACUGUCUUUGUUACACGUAUGAACGAAGGCCCUGAUUACUUUGAAGGUAUGGAAGGUUUUGAAGUCGUUUACGGCACCAGACCUGACAUCGCUGCUGACAUGGAUAAGAUCAAGACCACCAACUCUCGUCAAACCGUCUGGGCUCAUGCAUGUGGUUCCUUCUUAUUCACAAGAACCGUCAUUAACGAGGCUAUUCGCCAUGACUUUGACGUACAUAACGAAACUUUCGAGUUCUAAACCCCUUAUAUAUACUUAAACUUAAUCAUUCCCCACUCUCCCCUAAUACUACAUACUUACAUUGGCAUAUAGAAACAAACUGUAAUUAAUUAUAUUGAACAUACCAUCAACACUUAUAAUAUCAUUAAAACGUAUUCACAUACAACUAUCAUAAUAUAAUCCGAAAGCUAUUUUUAUUUGAUCUGUACGUAAAGCAUCUCUAAUUAAUAUUACGG